AUGGCGGCUCCCAGCGGCUGCCGGCCGCAGCCCGGCGGGCAGGGCGGCGGCGCCGGGGCCGGGCCGGAGGCUCUGCGGGGUGCCGAGGAGGACGCGGAGGGGCUGUACGUGGCGGUGGAGCGGUGCCCGCUCUGCAACACCACGCGCCGCCGCCUCACCUGCGCCAAGUGCGUCCAGAGCGGAGACUUCGUUUUCUUCGACGGUCGCGACUCCGAGAGGUUUUCCGACAAGAAAGAAAGGCUGAUGCGUCUUAAAACCAAACAGAGAGAAUUUCAAAAGCAUGUUUUGAAGGCCAUGGAAGGGAAAGAGAUAACUGAUCAGCUGAGAUGGAAAAUAAUGUCUUGCAAGAUGAGGAUUGAGCAGCUGAAACAGACCAUUUGCAAAGAAAAUGAUGAAAUGACAAGAUAUGCAGAAGGGCUUCUCAGAAUUAAAGAGGAGAACCAGAAACAUUAUCGCAGGGCUCAGCGGCAUCAGGAGAAGAAAGAGAAGAUCCAGAGGCAUAACCACAAGCUGGGAGACACGGUGGAGAAAAAAGCCUAUGACUUGAGAACCCAGUAUGAGCAUCUGGCAAAUCUUCGUCGGAUGCAUAUCCUAGAGCUAACAUCAGUCAUAUUUCCCAUUGAAGAAGUAAAGACAAGCAUGAGAGAUCCUGCAGAUGUGUCUUCUGAGAGCGACAAUGCUAUGACCUCUAGUACUGUGAGCAAGCUUGCGGAAGCAAGGAGAACCACAUAUCUCUCUGGGAGGUGGGUGUGUGAUGAUCACAACGGGGACACCAGCAUCAGCAUCACAGGGCCUUGGAUAACCCUGCCUAAUAAUGGAGACUAUUCAGCAUAUUACAACUGGGUGGAAGAGAAGAAGACUACACAAGGACCGGAUAUGGAACAUAAUAACCCUGCUUACACUAUCAGCGCUGCAUUGUGCUAUGCAACUCAGCUUGUUAACACUUUGUCUCUCAUACUUGAUGUAAAUCUUCCCAAGAAGCUCUGCAACAGUGAGUUCUGUGGAGAGAAUCUCAGCAGACACAGGUUCACACGGGCAGUGAAGAAGCUGAAUGCUAAUAUCCUGCACCUUUGCUUCUCUCAGCAUGUAAAUUUAGAUCUGUUGCACCCACUGCAUACGCUCAGGAACCUUAUGUACCUGGUCAGCCCAGACACCAAGAACUUGGGCAGGUCUGGGCCUUUCGAAAUCAGUGCUGAUCUUGAAGACUCCAUGGAGUUUGUGGAUCCCAGUGCCACCGGUGAGACAGAUGAGAGUGGAGAUGAGCACGUCAGCGAUGAAGAGACAGACCUAGGGACAGACUGGGAGAAUCUGCCAAGCCCCAGGUUCUGUGACAUCCCCUCUCAGCAGGUGGAGAUGCUGCAGAGCCAGAGCACGCAGGUAUCUCAGCCUAUUGCCAGCAGCAGUGCUGGUGGAAUGAUCUCUUCUGCUGCUGCCUCGGUGACCUCGUGGCUGAAGGCGUACACUGGACAUCGCUAACAAGCAUGGCAAAAGGCUCAUAAAAUUUGUGGAAGGAAUCCCUCCCCAACAAUGCUGUAGUAAACCUUACAUAUUCA